AUGUUGUUGAUUAAACUUGGACAGUUCAACAAGGCUCAACAAUUGUAUGAUAUCCUGGUUGAUCAAGCCACUAGUGAUCGAGAAAAAGCACAUAUUUAUCAUCAGCUUGGAUGGGUCAAGGAUCGUCAAGGAAAAUAUGCUGAAGCAAUUACAUAUUAUAAACAAUCAAUUGAAAUUAAGCAGAAGAUUUUCUCUCCAACUGAUGCUGGUUUGGCUGCUUCUUACAGUGGUAUUGGUCUGGUGUAUGACAAGAUGGAUGACUAUUCAAAUGCAUUUUUAUCUCAUCAAAAAGCAAUAGAAAUCUAUCAAAAAUCUCUUCCUUCCAAUCAUCUUCAUUUAGCUACUUCUUACAAUAAUAUUGGUUUGAUUUAUUCCAAGAUAGGUGACUAUGCAAAUGCACUUUCAGUUUAUCAAAAAGCAUUGACUGUUCGCCAAAAACGACUUCCUCCGAAUCAUCCUGAUGUAGCUGAUUCUUACAACAACAUUUGUUUGGUAUAUAAUAACAUGGGUGACUAUUCGAAUGCACUUGCAUCUCAUCGAAAAGCACUGGAAAUAUAUCAAAAGGCUCUUCCUUCUGAUCAUCCUCAUCUGGGUACUUCUUACAACAACAUUGGCUCAAUAUAUCAUCAAAUGGGUGACUAUUCGAAUGCCGUUUUAUUUUAUGAACACGCUCUUGAUAUCCAAUAA